UCCUCUUCUUAAUAUCAAGAUAAUAACGCGUGCAGAGUGGAUUUGAACUUCCAGCCAGACCAGUGAAGUGGGUGAGUACAGUGGUCUGAAAAAUAAGCACGCUCACACUCCGCGGAUCAUUUGGAGUCUCCGGCAGUUUCAUUUGGAAAAGUUUUAAGAAAUCAACCCGAAACGAGCCAGCUGGACUUUGGAUACACUUCCAAGAUACUGUUGAGAUGAUUAAACACAUCCUUAUACUCCUGCUCUGUCUUGUGUGUCUGUGUUCACCCCGUCCUCAGCCAGCACCUCCAGAGAUGGCAGUGAAGAUGGAGGAGAAAUUGGCUGUAGCUGGCUCUCUAGCAGACACAGUGGUGCUACCGUGUUACUUCUCCAUAACGCAAGCUUAUCCCAGCAGCUCCACACAAGCUCUGACGCACACCCCUACACCUGCGCAAACUCACAGCCAGAGCUCUGAUGACUACGGCAGGAUCAAGUGGACGAAGCUAGAUGGGCAGGAGGAGAAAGUGGUGCUGGUGGCCCAGGGACUGGGAGUAAAGUUGGGGCAUAGCUUUGAGAGCAGGGUGUCAGUGCUCAGCUACCCGCAGUGGUUUGGAGAUGCUUCUCUGGUGAUAGGGAAGCUCAGGGCCAGCGAUGCUGGGUUAUACCGCUGCGAGGUGAUGCAUGGGCUAGAGUCCACUCAGGUCACAGUCAUCCUCACUGUCAGAGGUGUGGUGUUCCACUACAGAGCUAACAGCAGCCGCUACAGUCUGAACUAUUCUGAGGCUGUGGAAGCGUGCCACUCUGUAGACGCAUCCAUCGCUACACCUGAGCAGCUGACGGCUGCUUUUGAAGAUGGCCUCGACCAGUGUGAUGCGGGCUGGCUUGCAGACCAGUCAGUUAGAUAUCCAGUCACAGUGACCCGUCCAGGCUGCGAAGGUAAUCUAAAGAAUCGGCCAGGUGUGAGAACCUACGGCAUCCGUGACCCCAUGGAGAAAUAUGAUGUGUACUGUUACGUAGACAAACUACACGGCGAGGUAUUCUAUCCUACUUCCAUCAGCAGUAAGCUCACCUGGCAGCAAGCAAGGGAAGAGUGCGAGAAGCAUGAUGCCGUGCUGGCAUCGCCCGGUCAUCUGUUUGCAGCCUGGAGGGGGGGGCUAAACCGCUGCGACUUUGGCUGGCUAUCUGACGGCAGUGUCCGUUACCCCAUCACCGUCCCCAGGCCUCAGUGUGGAGGAGGCCAGUUGGGGGUCCGCACACUUUACAAGUAUGAAAACCAGACUGGUUACCCAGACCCCACUGACAGGCACGGGGCUUUCUGCUUCAAGGUUAGACUGGAAGAGCCAACAACUACGAGUUCCCUGAUGACUCCAAUUGUGUACAAACCUGACAUCCCUACAUAUAGUCCCCAUGCAACAAUAGCUUCACACGUUGAAAGAGCUGAAAUCCAAGGAAAAGGACCAGAACCUGUUGGACAUUCACCCACAGACAGCCCACUUACUUCUACACACACCACAGCCUCAGCAACUCUUACUACCACUUCACAAGAGCUUGUAUCAGGAGAUAUCUUGCAGCUGCCUCCAUUACCCACCUCCCGCACUCAGCCUCCACGUCUGGACAUCUCCCAAUUAGAUCAGGCAGGACCAGGCAGGGGUGAGACCAGUGGCAGAGGGGAAGAAAGCAGCAGCCAGGGCAACUCUGGUGGGUCUGAGGUAGGAGCAACAGCAACCCCGGAGAUCACAUCAAGGCCUAGUAAACUUCAGGACAUCAGUGCACGGGUUGAAACGUCAUCAGUUGAAGACGCCGCUGCACACCCAGUUCCAUCAGAGAUCCUUACACCAAAGCCAGACAUUGCAGCUGGGACUACUGAAGUGGGGGAACAACCUGCAGUUGUUUUCAAAGAGGAUUACACCAUUAGAGCUCAAACGAUAUUUGACCAUGAGAAGUCUCUGGACAUUCCUGAGACGGCAUCAGCAAAACCUCCUAUCCAUCUCAUCAUUGUCAAUGUGCAAAGCACCAAUGAGUCAGAAUCAGUGAAACGUCUCGUGGACCUCCUGAAGCAGCCUGUGACCAGUAAAGGUAUCCAGGGCAGCGGGGAGAUCACUUCCCUUGAGGUGCCUCCGAUUGAUAUGGCACAAAUACUCAGCUUUUUCAAUGGAAAACAUGAGGUAACACCUGAACCACAGCAGCCAGAGGAGGCCAGAGGAGAUCAGUUUGAGACGGCCACUCCUGGAAAUGUGAAUGAGACAGAAGUAGAGGAGGAAGAAGACAUCAGCACGACUCCCUUUACCUUCGAAACUGGAACCGGGGAGAUAUUUCCACAGGAAACCACGGACAAGAGCAUUUAUCUUCAAGCUGUAUACCCAGAUGAUGUUGCAGUCUCAGGCCUGGAUGCAGACACAGUUUCUUAUGUUUUUACAGAUGCCAUGAGAGUCAACACUCAAGAACCACAUGAAACAGCAGUCUCAACCACAUACACUCCCCCUGUCUCUACAAUAUCAACUCCAGUCCUGCUUGGUGUUUCCAAGGAUGUUGCUCAUGUUGCCUUAACUGAUGAGGACAUGGAAGGCUCUGCAAGCAACUCCACAGACGAUGAGGUUGGCAGUAUGCAGGAGGGCUCUACAGAUGGUGCUAUACCCACCCUGGCUACCGGACACCAGUUGGAUGCGAGGACUGAUGAGACAGAAAUCGGAGGAACAGAGGUUGUGACUUUUAUCCCAGACACAAAGUCACAGGAAACCACUGAGCAGGCCCAGACUGGGGACUUUGAAGGGUCUUCCUCUGGAGAAGAUGAGGCUUCAGGUCAAGAUGUAUACCCGUCAGACACACCCAGUCUUAGCACCAUGCUUAGCACUAUGAUUUCAAAUGACCUUUAUACCCAACAGCCUUCACCUGCAGUACCUACAGAAAUCGCAGAUGUGCUUGGAGUUUCAUCAGGUGAUGUUGCAGUUACAGACCCAGACUCUGGUGCAGACCAGCUGUCUGAUGAGGAGGGAGCUUCUGGGGAACUUUUCAGAGAAGUCGCUAUUACUGUUUCACCAGCCAUGGCAGCUGUGACCUUCACCAAUGUAAAGAGCACAACUGCAGAAAUGAGCAAACUUAAACCCUUUACCCAUCCCUCCUUUGAAAAUAAGAGCCAUCCAGCUGUCGCUACUGAGUCUCCGUCUGCCUCCUCUGACAUCCACGCUCAGUUUUACAGAGAACAUGCUGACCUGUCCACCAUGGAGAACAUAGACCAGACCACACUCUCCACUACUUCACCCUUUUAUACUUCUGAGCAAAAAAGCUAUUCUGUCCCCCAGCGGGCUCUGUUCCCUGACCCGGCUGCCACUGCUGUAGCAGAGGAGAAGUUUGUAGACAAUGAUAAAGACAUCACCCCCUUUUUUGUGGAGUCCCAACCUCAGAUGCCUGAACAGACAGUGGCCACAGUUCAACCUGAGACCAGCUCGGACACAACUUAUUCAGUCAUGACCAGCACUAUAAACAUUACAGAUCUCCUGCCAUGCUCAACCAAUGUGUGUCAGAACGGAGGCUCGUGCUACAAGAAAGGACCACAAAAUGUCUGCAUCUGUGCACCUGGAUACACCGGGUGGCACUGUGAAACAGAUAUUGAUGAGUGCCAGUCUAACCCGUGUCUGAAUGGAGCCACUUGCCUGGAUGGGAUCAACUCCUUCACCUGUCUCUGCCUCCCGAGCUACAAAGGAGAGUUCUGUGAACAAGACAUUGAGAUGUGUGGUUUUGGUUGGAAGAAGUUUCAAUCUCACUGCUACAAGCACUUUACACACCGUCGGACCUGGGACGCUGCAGAGAGGGAAUGUCGGAUACACGGAGCCCACCUGACCAGCAUCCUGUCGCAUGAGGAGCAAAUUUUUGUCAAUAAUCUAGGAAGUGACUACCAGUGGAUUAGCCUGAAUGAUAAGAUGUUUGAGAGAGACUUCAGAUGGACUGAUGGCAGACCAAUGCAAUAUGACCAUUGGAGGCCAAACCAGCCGGACAGCUUCUUCCAGUCAGGAGAGGACUGUGUGGUGAUGAUCUGGCAUGAGGGAGGACAGUGGAAUGACGUGCCCUGCAACUAUCACCUGACAUUUACCUGCAAAAAGGGAACAGUAUCAUGCGGUCAGCCUCCUGUGGUGAAGGAUGCCCGAGUUUUUGGGGCCACAAAAUUGCGCUAUGACAUCAACACCCUGCUCCGUUAUCAGUGUAAGCAGGGCUUCAUUCAGAGACACACCCCAACUAUACGCUGCCAGGCCAACGGCCAGUGGGACUCGCCUAAAGUCACCUGCACAAGCCCUGCAACCUACCAUAAGACAUUUGUUCUUCAACGCCGCCACACCCAGAACAAGCAUCAACACAGGCACUAUCAACACCACACCAAGAGUCAGGAGGAACACAGACAAAACCAAGGGCAACAGCAGAUUUCCAACAUCCUGCAGAGCAACUGGAUCGCCAUUCAGAGUCAUCGACAGCUGAGUAAGGAGAGGCAGCUGCAGGUCCGCACUCGCAGCCAGGAUCAGAUGAAACACUCAGUGGAUUUGUAGUUGUGGACAUCAGAUUUUUGGUGAUGACUAAUUGCAGCAGUCUGUCUAGAGGCACCGAUAGAGAGUGAUGUUCCACUGAACUGUCUAUCAGUGUCUCUUGAGGGGACAUUUUUACAAUUACAUUCCAGGAUCAGACACCAAGGACAGUUUAGCUUCAUUUCCAAACUUCAUUUAUUGACCACAUCAGUCUCCCCACAAAACCAUGGUGCUCAGAUUAUUGAUAUGCUUCCUUUUCACUGCUUCAAACACCAGCUAGUGCCAUUGUUCAAAUACUUGGAUAUGUUGUGUCUGAUAUAGAUAUACACAGCCAUGUCUCCUAAGGAGGUCGCCCUAAAACCAGGUCUAUCAGUCACAACACAGGAGCACUGCAGCCUUUAGCUCCUCAAUGCGUUCUACACUUAAUAGUCAAAGUGUUCAGUGUAACUUAAGCCAUCAGCUUUUAACCUGCGCUCAUAAGUCUAGUGCCUUCUGUCAGAUUUUAAUGCAGCUCAGUGGCAAAUUUUUCAUUAAAAGGAAUUCAAGUCUUUAUUCUUUGUUAAACAGUGUAGUCUCGUCCAAGCUGGUUAAAGACACUCACACUUUGUUAACUUUUAAAAGGGAUGGAAAUGGAAAAAUUAAAUGGAAACAUUUUAGCAGUUCUUGAGCAAAACUAACAAAAAAUGACAACUUUGAACUUGUCACUGAAUUAUAAAGAUGAGCAAGAAUUCCCCACCUCAAAUCACCUCAGAUUGUUACCUUUGACCACAUUUUCAAUGUGUCUGCCUAUCUGAACUCAUUGUUUUUCAUUGUUUGUCUAUGAUUUUGUACAAAAUAUUUUACCUGAGUUUUUUUCUUAAUUGAGAUUUGAUGAACACAAAUAGGAAAUUGUGAUGAAUAUGUCGUCUGUCUAUGCUGUGGCUAUUAAUCAUAGGAUAUAUAUUAUAAAUAUUAUCUGAAGCCAUAAGAAUUUAAUUUAUUGUAUACUUCAAAACUAUGAAAGGACUGUGAUAUUGAAUAAAGGUCCAUGGAACUGAAGUGAUAUCUUCUGCACUGUUUACAGACUCUUGUCAUGAUCUUUCUUAUUGAGAAAUCAUGUUAUCAUUGACAGUAUGUAUACGCAAUGCCGUCCUCUAGUUUUAUUGAGAUUGUUGAUUUUCUUUAUUGUGCUGUGACUCAAAAUUGACUUCCUCUAUUGUCAAUGAAAACACUUCUGGUUAUUUCUACGUUAUUUUUACAUUAUUAGACACAUACCUUCAUGUUGCCUUUUCCUGUAGACGUGGAAUCAGUUUGUUUAUUGUUUUCAAGGAAUAAGAGAAUGUAUAAGAAACAAAUAAACAUGACCACCUGCUCUAUAAGAUUU